GGUUGAAAUUUUAUAUCUUGGAGAUCUUGGUUGGUUAAUUGCCACGGCAGAAGGUUCCGUAGGAAUUGGUGUAGAUGCACCUAUUAAAAGUAUACCAAAUAUCGUUAUCGAGAUUAUUAUUGGUAAAUUUUCGUUUGUUAUCGUAGAAUUAUUUGCAGAUGACGCGAUUCCAGUGGGAGAAGUAGUUUUAGUUGUUUUAGAUGGAGAGGGACUUGAGGUUAUGGAAAGAUCCGUAGAAGAGCUGGGAUUGCUUGAACCAACAGGUACUGCCGCCAUCACAGUUGGGGAAGUAAAAAUUGAGGUUAUGGAAGGAUCCGUAGGAGAGCUGGGAUUGCUUAAACCAACAGUUGGGGAA